AUAUAUUGACAUUUCUUAGACUCUCCCGGUUGCAUUUCGAAAAGAAAAAAAAGAAAAAGACUGAAUCAAUCCUGUUUGUUCUGACUUGAGAUUCUACUCCGACGGAGAUAUCAUCUGACUGUAACUUGUUAUGAUUUCUAGAUGAUAUAGCUCUGGGGGACCAUCCAAACACUGGUGGUGACGGUGACGGCGACAGGCUCGGUCUCAUGUCUAGCGGCGCCGCCCUGAAUCCUUCGCCUCGGAACUUGCAAGCGUAUCGGCCGCUCGAGUACAACUUCAGUCCACUCACUCCGUUCUCCGGGGACAACGUCAAUUUGUUGUUCACGAGUUGUGCUGCCCCGAGUUCUCUCCCAUCGUUCCCAGAUACCUUUGGUUUGUCCAUGCUCGGGCCAGACAACUUGAAUCUGGGGCUGAACCUGGACCCGAACCUGGACCCGAACCCGCCCUCGAGCGUAGCACUAGAUUCUACUUUUAUCCCACAUAGCGCCUUCGAUCCCUACCAAGCGCCCGCCUUGCCACCACCAACCGCACCCACAGCAGCAACGACGAACUUCGACAACGACUACAGCCCGUUCGCGUUCGGCGGUAUUGACAGCGACGGCCAGUCGUCGCGGAUGCCAGUAAGCGGAGAAGUCACACAUCCAGGGGACGCGAACAGCAGUUAUUUUGGUGGAUUAUCCAGUGCGGGCGUCUGUCCAUUUGCCCCGCCGAGGAUCAGCGGCGACAUCAACGCCAACCAGCAAAACAAUCCCUAUCCCUAUCCAUAUCCCUAUCCAUAUCCAUAUCCAUAUCUCAACCCAAACCCGAGUCCAACUCCAAGUCCAAGUACAAACUCCAUCCGGACCCCGACGCAGACGCCGACAACACGAUCGAGUUGGCCCAACUCCUUCACCAACAUCUGGCAGCCGUUGUUCCCUCAGUUUCCUGCACCACAGCCACAGAACCCAUUCCCGCCAGACAACUCCACAGGAGCAGGCUGUAGCCGCCAUCCAAACAGCGACGACUACGUUGCUGCCCUGUUGACCCGCGACUUCUCGUCUCCCUCGCUGCCCUCGCACGGUAACAGCCCGACGGGCCCCGAGACCCAAUCUGCGCAGUUUCCCCAUCAAUACCAGGCCGCGAACCUCGAGCCCACCUCACUGCUGCAACUACAGCUACAGAUACCACCCAACCAUUACAACAUGCCUCCCCGCCGCGAUUCAACGACGUCGAGGGGCCCGCCCACGGCCGCCUCAAGUAGGCCUCGAAGGCGAUCGAGCGUAGCCAGCACAAUUGACCUCACCUCGCCCAAGAUAGAACGCGACGGCGAGUCGCCCUCCGGCGUUGACCCUCAGACACCCAUGGCCCCGCCUCCCUCCAGAAAGCGAUCGCACACCGCCGCCAGCACGACGCCGCAGGCCACCUCCCGGCGACCCUCGGCUUCGGCGAGGUCGCGGCCCAUGAAACCGUUGCCCCCGAAGCGUAAGGCCUCCAAGCAGGAGGAUGCGGACAGUCUAUUUGGCGAUUCGUCGUCCGUGCUGGGCCCAGACGACGGCGACGAUGACGUGCUGGACCUGACGGGCACGAACGAGGUCCCGCCAGAGCUGCUCAAGCCCAAGGAGGACAACCGCACCAAGCUCAACAAGUUCCAAUGCUCCAUCUGCAUGGACGAGGUAUCGGGCCUGACCGUCACCCAUUGCGGCCACAUGUUCUGCUCAGAGUGCCUACACUCUGCCCUGCACAUCGACCAUAUGAAGAAGACGUGUCCCAUCUGCCGGCAAAAAGUCGACAUGAAGGCGAGGCCCGGGCAGAAGCAGCCGAAGAACUCCUUUUACCACCUCGAGUUGAAGCUCAUGACGUCGAACCGGAAAGGAAAACAGCCCGUGGGCAGGUGAGAUUCAACACUAUUGUUUUGUUUUUGGUUUUGUUUUUUGGGGCGGGAGAGAAAGUGAGAACCCGCCGAACGAGAUGAGAGGACUGGCACACAUUGCGGUUUGCAGUUUGCAUUUGCAUGAUACUAGGCGUUCUUCAUUCAUGGGGCGAAAAGGGAAAUGAUACCCCCCCCCCCAAAGUAUAUCGGCACAGGGAGGACAGGAAUGACAGGAAUGACAUUGGACGGCAAGGAAGUACCAUGUCCGUAAUUGAGAUACUUAUUCAGAGCUAUUAACUGCUGUGCUCAAGAGGCCGCUUGACGUACAAC